AUGAAGGAAGACAAAGGAGCGUAGUAUGUGUAUUACAAUCUAGUGACUUCAUUUCACAAAUACAGGAAAGCAUUUGGUGACAACAUAGAGUUUGCUUAACUCAAAUAAAUAGACAAAUAGGUCAAUAAAAAUGAGAUCACUGUUGUUAUGAGAUUCUUGCCGGCAAAUUUUAAUAGUGAAAAGUUGGAAGCCUUACAAAACAUCAGGAGUGAGGAGCUGUUCACAUAUUAGGGAUUGAAGUAUGGAAUUUUUAAGACCUCUGAUUAUGAGAUUGCUGGAAACAUUAAGAAGAAAAUAAUUAGUUAUUUCUAAAACAAAAAAUAUAAUGAUCUUCACAUAACAAUAAAGGCUAAAAAGAAGUCUACUAAGGAGAAGGUCAAGGUGUUUUUAGAAGAAGAAUCAUACAAUCCAAGAUCCUAAUUAGAGUAAAAGAUCGGAAUGCCCCUAAGUCCACUCAAAGUGCCUCCUCUGGUAGUGAAAGAGAUUGAAUAACCAAAACCCAAACCUACUGCAGUGUAACCUACAAUUUGUGCUAUAUAAAUUACUGUCCCAUAGAUUCAAGCAAAUUAGAUAAAACCAGUUGAACUUAAGCCUACAAUCAUAGAAUAAAGUGAUCAGAAAGUGAUAGUGAGGGCUGUUUAAUUAAAACCAGUCACAUUAACAGUUGAUAGAGAGAGAAGCUCAAGGAAAAAAUGA